AUGCUUCGCAACUUCAGGUCUGCUUUUUCAAGACUACGUCUUUCGGCCAGGGCUUCUUCUAAGAUAUUUUCCAAGAUCUUCAAUCAUUAUUCAGGAGAGUUUCGCCAAAGUACAAAAUAAGUAGGAUUGAAGUAUAGUUUGAGUAUGUCAGAGCCUGCAUAUGAAAGAGCAAUAAAAGAUAAAAAUAUUCUUCUAUUUGAUUUCCAAGAAGAAGCAGAUUUAUUUUUUUGAGAAAUUGAUACUGAUUAUAGAAUGGGCGCAAGCUCUAGAGCCCUUAUGAAAAUGAAAGGAAAUGAAUGUAGAAAUUAUAUAGUGAUUUUUGAAGGAGAACUCUUAAACCUGAAGGAGCUAGACUACAAUGGAUCUUUAUAUGCUGAAAUUAUAAAUGCAGCUGUUGCUGUUUCAAAAUUCAAGCAUUUUAAUGGGAUGCGGAUAACAAUUAAAACUGAUGGGCAGCCCUAUCAAUUGAAGCUUGUCUUAAGAGAGCCAUUUAGUGUGGCUAGCUACACAGUAUAUUCAAAUUAGGCUCAUAUUAUUGAUAAAUCUAACUCCUCCCAUCCUUGAUCGAACAGCUCAGCAUCGUUCGAUCAAGGAUGGGGGCUAAAAAAUAAUUUUUGGGAAAAAAAAUUUAUAUAUAAAAAAAAAAUAUCUAUUUUUUUUAUAUACUUUUAAAUAAGAGGGUCAUGAGUAUUUAAUAAUUAUUUUUACAGCAAAAAAUUGAAUUAAUUUCAUAAGAAUACCAAUUUUUAAUAUUUUGAUUUUAUGGUUACCCCUUUAAACUGUAUAAUUUUAAUUUGUUCCUUAUUGAAUUAAAAUUUUGAAUUUUAAAAUUAUUUUUUAUAUAUAUAAAAAUUUGCAUGAUAUGAAAAUCGUUCGAUCAAGGAUGGGGAUUAAUUUUCCCAAUUUUUAGGAAUUUUUUACAGUGAAUCGCUCGAUCAUGAAGGGGGAUUAAGAAAUUUGUCACUUUGGAAAUCCCUCUACAUAACUUUUUAAGAGAUUUCACAGACCCAUUGAAUCCUAUGCGACUCGAUGUUUCAGAUGGAAAAGUUAUUAAUGUUCUAGGCAUAAAAAUAGGGAUUUAUAGCGAAGACCAAAAAGAAGGCAAAUUUUCAAUGUCUUUGAAAGACAUACAUAUGAUUUACAGACAAGACCUAGAGUUUAUUGCUCAAAGAUACAGCGCUCCAGUGUUUUUCAAAAAAUGUGAUGACUACACACAAGUAAACUACAUAGACACAGGGAUGAGCUUAGUUGGGAUUGAAAAAUAA